AUGGAACGUGGAGUUGUUGAUGGUAUUAUCAAUAGGUUGCUUGAAGUAAGAGGAAGACCAGGGAAACAGGUGCAGCUUUCUGAGGCUGAAAUCAAACAGCUUUGUCUUGUUUCUAAGGAUAUCUUCUUGAAUCAGCCUAAUUUGUUGAAACUGGAGGCUCCUAUUAAGAUCUGUGGAGAUGUCCAUGGUCAAUAUCCUGACCUUCUGCGGCUUUUCGAGUACGGUGGAUUGCCUCCUCGUUCCAAUUAUUUAUUUCUAGGCGACUACGUUGAUCGCGGAAAGCAAAGUCUAGAAACAAUAUGUCUUCUUCUGGCAUACAAAAUAAAAUACCCCAGAAACUUUUUCCUCCUAAGGGGUAACCACGAAUGCGCUUCCAUAAACCGUGUAUACGGAUUUUAUGACGAGUGCAAAAGGAGGUACAAUGUGAAGCUUUGGAAAAUGUUUACCGAUUGUUUCAACUGUCUGCCCGUGGCAGCUCUCAUUGACGAAAAGAUUAUCUGUAUGCACGGUGGACUCUCACCAGAACUACACAAUUUGAACCAGAUAAAGAAUUUGCAACGUCCGUGUGAAGUUCCUGAAUCCGGUCUACUAUGUGAUCUCCUAUGGUCUGAUCCUAGUAGCGAUGUUCAAGGCUGGGGAGAAAGUGAACGUGGAGUUUCUUAUACGUUUGGUGCCGAUAGGGUUAAAGAGUUUCUUCAAAAGCAUGAUCUUGAUCUGAUAUGCAGGGCUCAUCAGGUUGUGGAAGAUGGAUAUGAGUUCUUUGCUAAUAGACAACUUGUGACAAUCUUUUCGGCUCCGAAUUACUGUGGAGAGUUUGAUAAUGCUGGUGCUAUGAUGUCUGUGAAUGAAACACUUAUGUGUUCUUUUCAAAUACUAAAGCCACUUGAUAAAAAGCCUAAGUUUACCUUUGGAAGCACAACUACUAUUAAGCCCGGUACUCCAACAAAAUUCAAGCUAACCAUUUUUGGUGAUAAAGCAUGA